AUGGCCAUCCUAGAUGAUUACCUAGACAUCGCCAAGCCGCACUUCAGUCACAUACCCGCGUCCCAACUAUCCAUCACCGCCUUCCACGACAGCCUGCCGGCCUUCAACCACCCAAACACCAGCCCCGCCGACAAGCAAGCCAUCAUCGACCGCCUGAAGCCCUUCACCAUCAUCUCAUGCAUGCGCGAGCGCACGCCCUUCCCGGCCGCCCUACUGCGCGCCCUGCCUAACCUGAAGCUCCUACUCGCGACGGGCACGCAGUUCGAAACGUUCGACCUGGCAACGGCCUCGGACCUCGGGAUCCGCGUCGCGGCGGCGCCCGGGAGGGGGCGCACGGAUGGCUUCAAGCCGUCGUCGUCGUCGUCGUUCUCGCGCCCGAAGUUGGAUAUCAAGAGAGGCGGCAGCCACCCGACGACGCAGCACGCGUGGGCCCUAAUCCUAGCGCUCGCGCGCAACGUCGCCGCCGACGACGCGGCGAUGAAGGGGGACCCGGGGGCGUGGCAGUCGCGGCUCGCGCUCGGGCUGACGGGCGCGACGCUCGGCGUCGUCGGGCUCGGCCGCCUCGGCGCCGCCGUCGCGCGCGUCGCGUGUCUCGCCUGGGGCAUGCGGGUCCUGUGCUGGAGCGAGAACCUCACGCAGGACAGGGCCGACCGGAAGGCGGUGGAAGUCGGGUUACCUGCUUACGGCGGCGGCGGCGGCGGCGGGUACGCGGCGGAGGAGCAGCCGGAAAAGCGGCCGACUUUUGAGGUCGUGGGUAAGGAGGAGUUGUUCGCCGAGGCGGACGUGGUGAGUUUGCAUUACGUGCUUAGCGAGCGGUCGCGCGGGAUCGUGGGGGAGGCGGAGUUGACGCGGAUGAAGAGCUCGGCGAUGCUGGUUAAUACUUCGAGGGGCCCGUUGGUCGACGACGGGGCGCUGUACGAUGCGCUGGAGAAUGGGAGGAUAGGGGGCGCGGCGUUGGAUGUUUUCGAUGUCGAGCCCUUGCCGGCUGGGAGUCCGUGGCGCUCGACGAAAUGGGGUACGCAGGGGAGGAGUAAUCUGAUUAUUACGCCUCAUAUGGGGUAUGUCGAAGAUGGCAUCAUGCAUACAUGGUACGAGGAGACGGCUGAGAAUCUGGAGCGGUGGCUUCGAGGCGAUGAUCUACUUCACGUUCUCAAUUAG